AUGGCAGUGGUGGACCUAUUGGUCGUUAUCAUUGAGAUCAUACUCAGUCGAAUCAAUCAUGAUUUUUUUCCACCAUCAUUCCUGGACAUCACCCCUGUAUGUAGUAUUCGUUAUGCUCUGCGCCGUCUACUCAUAGAUUGUUCUGUCUGGUUCACAAUUGCUUUCACCUUUGAUCGAUAUGUCACCAUUUGUUGUGCGAAACUGAAAACUAAAUACUGCACUCAAAGAAUUGCAACCGUGGUUCUCGCAACAACCAGCAGUCUGUUGUUUGUAAAAAAUAUCCCUAUCUACUUCAGAUUUGAACCUUAUGAAAUCAUCAGUAAUGUACCAUGGUACUGUAUGAAUUCAGAUGCAUAUUAUUAUGACCCUGUGUGGAGAGGAUUUAACAACUUUGAAAAGAUUCUAACACCAAUAUUCCCUUUUGGUUUAAUUCUGUUCCUCAACACUCUGACAGUCAAACACAUUUUAGUAGCCAGUCGAGUCCGGAAAGCUCUGAAGGUUCAGAGUAAGGGAGAAGAUUCCAGCGACCCAGAGAUGGAAAGUAGAAGACAGAGUAUAAUUUUACUCUUCGUCAUAUCUGGCAACUUCAUUUUUCUGUGGAUUUGGUAUAUUUUAUAUUAUUUCGAUGUUGAUGAUCCUUUAGAUCGAGAUGGUGAAUACAUAUUUAAACAAGUUGCCUACAUGCUGCGGAAUUUGAAUUGCUGCACGAACACCAUUGUCUAUGUGGCAUCUCUAUCCAAGUUCAGAGCGAAGCUCAGGAACCCACUGGAAGCUAUUUUUGCAUAA